AGUUGACACGUGAGUGUGAUUAUGCCCGAUUUGUUUUAUGACCGAAAAGAGCAAAAUUGUUUUGUUAAACAAUAAAUUCACUUUGUCACAACACGACAUUUUUUAAAUUAAUUAGAAAAUAAUCGGUGAGUUGAGUUUGCGGUCGCGGUCACAAAAACUGUCAAUUUCCAAUUUGAAUUUCAAAAUGCGAAAUAUUGAAAUUAAGGCCAAAGUUAGGCAGCUCGCAAAGCUAAUUGAGCGUGCGAAGGCCCUAAGUGAGACCACGGGUGAAGUGAUAAAGCAACACGACACUUUUUAUUCAGUUGCAAAAGGCCGGCUAAAGUUGCGGAAAUUUGAGAGCGGAGAUGCGGAAUUGAUAUAUUACGAAAGGCCGGACGUUGAAGGACCAAAGUUAUCUUCCUAUGAGAAGGCAAUAAUAAAAUCAGAAGGGGUCCAAGAUUUGCAUAAAGUGUUAGAUAGGGCUUUAGGUUCAACAGGAAUUGUGAAAAAAGUUAGGUAUUUGUUUAUGGUGGGCCAGACCCGAGUUCAUAUCGAUUCUGUUGAAAAUCUGGGUGAUUUCAUGGAACUCGAAGUGGUUUUGAAACCUGAACAGACUCCUGAAGAUGGGGAGAAAAUUGCUUUGGAACUUAUGGAGGAUUUAGGGGUUGAGAAGGAGGAUCUGAUGUCGGGGGCAUACACUGACUUGCUCAGACAAAAGGAGAUUCAUUAAACGUUAAUGUUUCUUAAAUUACUAAUAAAAUAUUUAUUUUA